UCUCUCUCACACACACACACACACACACACACACACACACUGAGACUGUAUCCCACACCCUUUCACCCAGGAACAGUACAGACUCACCGAUAGAAGAUGCCGUCGGGGAAAAUCCGCUGCACGCGCCGCCUGCGCUCCUGGCUGGUGGAUCAGGUGAGCAGUGGGAAAUACAGCGGUCUUGUCUGGGAAGACGAGGAGAAGACCAUGUUCCGUAUCCCGUGGAAACACGCGGCCAAACACGACUUCCGCAGUGACGAGGACGCUGCUAUCUUUAAGGCGUGGGCUGAGUUUAAGGGGAAGCUGUGUGAGAAUGACCCUGCCGGUCCCGCGUCAUGGAAAACACGCCUGCGCUGUGCUCUGAAUAAAAGUCCAGAGUUCAGCGAGGUCACCGAGAGGUCACAGCUCGACAUCUCCGAACCCUACAAAGUGUACCGGCUCGUCCCGCUCGACGAACAGGGACUGACUGAGGUGAAGCAAGAAGAAGAGGGGAAACAAGUGAGGAGGAGCAAGCGCAGAAAGAGGAGGAGCAACUCGGAGACGAACGGAGACAGUCCGACGAAGUGGAUUAAGGAAGAGGAGGCGUCGGUCGCGGUGCAGAGCAUCAGCGUGGAAGUUGACGCCACUACAGGAAAUGACCUUGCUCUUCACCUAGAUGGCCAGACGGAGCACGUCGACAUGGAGAACAGCGACGGAGUCAUCGAUGAGAUUCACUUAAACCUCACCGUGGAAACCGGCCCUCCUCCUGGACACAGCAGAGAGUGUCCGUCGUUCCUCAUCAGGGUUUAUUACCUGGGAGCGGAGGUGCUGAGGAGGGAGGUGAUGAGCGACGACGUUCGCAUCGCUUACCCCCCGCCGUGUACGGCUCCGCCGUCUAUCAGCGGCGCGAGUUUCCCUCGGGUCCCUCUGCCUCCUCCUCCCGCCGACCUCACGCCCAGUCAGAUCAGCUCCAUUUCCACGCUGCUGCCGUUCAUGGACAGCGGCAUCGUCCUGACCACGUCGAGUCGAGGCGUUUACGCUAAGCGUCUGUGUCAGGGACGGGUUUUCUGGAGGGGACCGCACACACUCACCAACGCGGCGAGCAAGAUGGAGAGAGGCGUGAAACCGACACUGAUCUUCAACAAACAGUUCUUCAAACAAGAGUUGGAGCAGUUCCAUAAUGGAGGAAAACAACCUGAAACCGAGAUCACGUUUUGUUUUGGAGAGGAGCUGUUGGAAGGAGACGACAUUUCGAAGAAGCUCAUCAUUAUUAAGAUCAGUCUGCCCUGGGCUGAGAAACAGAUCAAGGAUCAACAGAUCAUCCAGUUUGGACAGAACGCGUGGACAGAGUCCAUCUCCUUGCUGCAGAGUUUAGCUCAGCAGUCUCCGUCAGGGGAAAUCACGCUCAGUCUGGUGGAGUUAUCCGAGCAGACGCUCACCAUGCUCUAAUGUAUCUCCUGUAGUCUAUGUAAUGUCUGAAGCCAUGCUCGAGAUGGAUUCGAAGCACGCACUACACAGAGCACCAUUGCAGGUUCCUCCUGAGAGAUUCUGUGAAACUAUGUUAUUACACUCUCUUCACUGUUUCUCUACUGAACAAUAUUUCGAAUCUUCUACUUCUUCUACUAUUGUUAAACACUAAUCACACCGUAAAACAUCAACGUUACCUAUUAAACCGAUGUUUACACACAA